CGCUUGCCUUUAUAGUAACAAAACUGAGAGACCUGUAACUCUUUCCUCCCCGCAAAUAGGUUAAACUUCCGGGCUUCUUUCGGCCAUCCUAUUGUGGGCCUUCCCGGGACGGGCAACACAGUGGCGGCAGAAGAAUCCGGAGAAAAGCCAGUGUUGCGACGGGGUUGUGAUCGGGCAGCGGCCCUUCCCCGAGCGGAGCUGCCGCCCAAGCGAGGAGGUAAUUUGUACCUAACUCAUGUCAUCGGGAGACGUUACUAUAACUGUCCGUCUAGUUCGUUCAUUUGAGCACCGUAACUUCAGACCUGUUGUGUACCAUGGUGUUAGCCUGGAUCAAACUGUAAAAGAAUUCAUUGGAUUUGUGAAGAAUGAUGUGACUUUAAGGACAGGACUUCCUCCUCCUUUUAAAAAGUACAGAUACGACACAAUGAAGAUUAUUCACCAGGCACACGGCUCUAAGACCAAUGAACUUGUUGUGGGUUUAGAAGAAGAUGAUAAGCUCAUUUUGGCAGAGGACAACACCUUGAAAGCAGCUGGUGUAGAAGAGGAAGUCCUUGACCUGCUCGGUGGAAAGAAUUGUGACUGCUCUGAACCUCAGUGGGUCCUUUAGCUCCCCUCGGUCCCCUGUGAAUAAUUAGAGGCAUUUGAAGGUAUUGCUGGAGAAGCCAAUUUGUGUCUUUCACUUUGCAUAUUGUUGAAGCCUCAUGAAUUAAUCAUUGGCAGGGCAGAAAUUUAGCUUCUUCAGACACACGUUUUGAUGGGUCAUGAGGGAGAAUGUAAAGUGAUCUGUAAAAUAUUCUACUGAUCCUCUAAGUAUUAAAUUAUUAUGGCUACAGGUUAAUUUCAGGGGAAAAUCCCCCUCCCUCUCGGAACAGAAUGAGGAUCUUGUUGUUUCUGUGUACUGUAUUCUGAAGAGAAAGAGCUAUUCUGUAUCCCUGUGGAAUGGCAUCCAAAUCAUUUUGUAGCCCUGAGCUUUAAAAAUGCUUUUUAACAAGGGCGCUCUUCCAUGCCCCCCCCUCAACUGUACUGUGCAGCUGGGGGUGCAGGACUAAACUCAUUCUUGCUAUUUAGAUCUCAUAAAAACAAACAGGCUGGUAACUCGCAAUAGCCUUAAACCACAGUGCAGUCAGCACCAUCUGUGAUCCUAAUUAAUGUUAAUAUAAUGUUCUGCGGCUUGAAAAUUCAUGUUCUCCCCCCUCACCCCACCCAAUAAUGUUUA